AUGAAGUUUUCUCACAAGGCAUACCUGAAGCCUCUGGCUCACGCAACUAAAUACCCCACCGGACCUGUCAACGGCGUCUUCCUUGCAGAAACCGACUCGACUAACGUUGUCGAUGCAGUGCCCUUUUUCCACUUUUGGGGAACCUUGACUCCCAUGCUUGAAGUUGCCAUGACCCAGGUCGAUUUGCACUGCAAAGCGAACGGACUCAGGAUAAUCGGAUACUACGAGGCGAAUGAGAGACUUGAGGACGAAGCCUUCUCGCUGGUCGGUCAGAAGAUUGCUUCUCAGAUCCACCAUGUCAACCCAGAGGCAUUCGCUGUCGUCAUCAAGAACAAGAACAUCAUCUCGGAUGAGGUCGCCUUCUUGCCUUACCAGCUCAAGGAGGGACAGUGGCGCGUGAGCAAGGAUGCCUUCACGGACAAGAACGCCGGAUUCUCAUUGGAGAACAGCUCAAGCCCUACUGUGGUGGCCAAGGCCCUUCGCGGUGGAUUGGGCGAGAAGCUUGCCGACUUCGAUAACCACCUGGAGAACAUCAAGGAGGACUGGUUGACCAACAAGGCCGUCGUCUAA